AUGGCGCAGAACGAGUCCAUCCCCGUCAUCCUUUGCGGGAAGACCUUCGAGGUCGGAGAGAAAGUGACUCCUCUGCUCAAGCCAGAGAUUGAAGUCAUACACUUUGUCAAUUCCUACGAAGACGCCAAGGCCGACCUGGGCCAUCUCCUGGCGGGUCGCGGGCCCCAAACAUCGACGCCGAACCACAUCGGAUCCCACGACUACAGCCGGCCGCCGCGCGCCGUCAUGUUUGGGCGUGCAUUCCAGGCCGACGACGUGAAGGAGAUGCACCGUUUGUACAGUGGCAAGGGCGUCGGCACCAUCGCCUGGAUCGCAGGGGACCCGUCCAUCGUGCCGCCGGAGAAUCCAGGACCGGGCUAUGCGGAAAAGGCUGCAGAAAAUGUCAAGAGGGCAUUUUUCAAGUGGCAAGAGGACGGCGCCAACACUGAAGAGAUCAUCUGGUAUUGA